CGUUCCGUUACUAUGGCGAUAACGUUCCCAUAGCUUUGUGUCAUCCAGCGCCCUCUCCCGGAGGCGUGUGACAGCGCAUCCUUCUGUGUAUUUCGUAUCCGUAAAUCUGGAUGUAGCCCUGAUUGAUGAAUAUGAAGGUCAAUAUGAUGAUGUGCAGCACGAUCCUCAUCGCCUGUAUCCACUGCUUGUCUGCCAGCUGUGGGAGGUUUGAGGUCCUCACAGCGGAUGCACUGAACAAGCGACUACUUAGUUUCUCUAGUUUCCCUUGGUUGGUAUCAGUUCAGAACUACAUGGGAUUCCAUCUUGCAAUGGGAACAAUCAUCAGUGAAUUCUGGAUAAUAACAGCACCAUCUGCUUUGAAACUAAGGAAAGAUCUUAUAGUUGUGGUGGGAAUCACAAAUCUGGACAAUGAGCUGCACACCAGAGCAUCCUACAUCAUCCAUAAGGUCAUCAUACAUGAGGAAUUUGAUGAGAUUCUUCACAGGAAUGAUCUGAUGCUGCUCAUGACCAAGAACAAGAUCAGAUUUGGCUCCACAGUUCAACCCAUUUGCUUCCCAAGCCUGGACCCUCACAACUCUGCACUCAGCAACUGCAUGGUGUCAGGAUGGAUGGACUUGAAAAGUACAGGACAUUCAGGCUGUACAUCUUGGUGCAGAUUGUCUGUUGAGAAUAUGAACCCUUGCCCUUUGCAGAGGACUGUGUCAACCGCAUGCUGCACCCACCGUGGGCAUCAUGAUUCUGGCUGUGUGGGGGCAGGAGGUAGCCCAGUGUCAUGUCGUGUGAAUGGUAAGGACCAAUGGGUGCUAGCUGGAGUCCUGAAUGGUGCUGGUAUAAGGCCCUACAUUCCUGUUCUCUACACACGCACCUCAUUUUACAGUGACUGGAUUUCAUCUCGUACCAUGGAGGCAGGGCAGCCGUUCAUCCCUACAAUUACCAUCAAUACACGGGUUUUCCCAUGGGAUAAGCUGCACUUCCCAUUUUCAGCAAAGGAACCAACACCUAAGCCUCCUCUAGAGAAAGAACAAAGUAUGCUGUAUGAUUAUUACAAUGACAACGACCUUCCCGAAGCUUCUGGCUGUUCAUCCAGCAUUGAUGUCCAUAUUAUUGUAUUUCUUGUUUUUUUAUGCAUAAUGAGAUAAAAGUGGGCAUCAUGAUGAAAAUAUUUGUAGAGACUGUGUAUAACUUACACCUCAAACUCCACCAUGUUCUAUAUAAGUGAACGCAGGUCUCCAGCAUUCUAGUAAUAGAGGUGAUAAUCUUAUAAUACCUUA